AGGCUGGUCUAACCAACCAAACAGAAUUGAUCCCCAAGACAUCCUUUAAGCCAAGUGUACCCUAUUCUCAGGUACCUACAUCUCGCAAAGGGCUCAUACAAUCUACACAAUCAGAUGCUGGAACACCUACAUAUCAUCAGGCAAUCACAUGGACUGGACCAGAGUUGUCCAUGAAUGCCAAUGAAGAAGCCGAUGUGCAAACUCCAGGAGACCAAGCUGUGGACGUGUACACACCAACAGAGAGGACCUCAUUUAUCAAUCAUGCAAAUGUAAUUGAGCAUAGGACAGAAGUAUCUGCCCCAACAGCGACUGGUGAAUACCAUGGCUACACUCAAAAUGGGGUGCAGUAUUCUAGAACACCAGUUUGGGAUGUAGGCGCAUAUCCCACAUCAGGACUUCCUUCGGGACAGCCUCAAGACCAUGCUACUACAGUGACACAUUAUAGAACAGAAUCUCCUAGCUCAACGAUAUCAGUGACUUCACCACAAUCCAAUUCGCUUAGUGAGAUGAUGUCUUCACCGUCCGGCAGAGACAGAAUCUUCAUCGUAGAUGAGCAACAACCAGUUUUUAAAGUGCCAACAAUCAGCCUGACUUACAAAGUGAAUGUACAACAAUCUGCAAUGUGCAACCAUCUUGAACCUUGCAAGAAACGCUUCAGCAAAGAGGUGACUUCGGCAUACAAGUACACGGCUGGAUUUGACAGGGCGGACGUGAUCAAUGUGACGUUGGCUGGCGCUGCCCUGGAAUACAAAGUGCAGUUCAACGUGCGACUAGGGAGCCCGAUGUCCGCCGAACAGGAAUUGGUACUUGCUAACCCAACGUCGGUGUUUGAGACCCUGGCCCCCUCGGAGUACACCCUCCUCUCCACGAUCCGCAACGCCUCCCUGGCAGAUAUGGUGGAGCCGUGUACAGAAUGGUUCUCGUGCCCCCGAGGGUUCCGAUGUGUGCCUCAGCGCAAUCUUAGCGCCUUCUGCCUGUCACCGUGUCACGGCGCUUUCUGCCAAAAUGACGGCAUCUGUAUACACCGCAAAGGCCAGGACCCCGUGUGCCAGUGCCCGGUUGGCAGAGAUUUCUGGUACAUGGGACCCUCCUGCGAUUAUCGAAUGACCCAUCACCGCCUUGCCGCCAUUGCCUGCGCUGUCGUGUUCUGCAUCAUCAUCUGCGCCGCGGCAGCCGUCUUCAUCCUGGUCCGCAGGUUCCAGACUCAGAUCCUUCAGCAGAAAGUGGCUCAGACGCAGAGCAGCUACAGGAGAUUCAGCCGCUUCGAUGACGUCCCCACUCAUUUCUGGUGUCCCUCCCAGACGUGGCUCACCACCUCGGCCUCCAUCAACUCUCUGGACAAUCCGGCUUUCAGCAGCUCUGAAGAAGUCUUUCCUCUGCAGGCCCUGGGGAGCUGCGUGUGCGGCUGUCAGGAUGGGGCCCGCAACACCGCCCCUGCCAACCCAGCCCAGGAGCCAUCAGGGGCCCCUCCCAGGCUGGAGACAAGCUGCAGCAGCGUCAAUGACCUGAUGGUUGAUUCCGGUAAGGCGAGUGACGUGUCGGUGUGCAGCUGGCCGAUGGAACCCAUUCACUGGACUCCCUUCCCCAUCCUGCACCAGCUGUCUCUACAGUCUCCAUUCCACGCUCGCAGGCCCCACUCUUAUUUUGAAGGAAUGGAGCUGGUCAACACAGAGCGGAGCUGGACUGCAUGACUGAGAUGGUUUUUUUUUUGCAAAGGGCUCCUGAGAACAUCUAACAAGGACGCUGAUAGCGGCGCAUAUAUAAUGACCACUUUCCUCACACUGUGCCGACUCUG